AUGUUAACAGAAACUGUGAGUUAUAAUAGAAUAAGAAAAGGUAGAUUAUUGUUGGAAAAACUUCAAGAUAUAUACUUAUCAUCAUUCGAAGUCAUUUACACUUUUCUGGACAACACGUCUAUAACAUUUCUUAAUAUAAAUGAGAGUUUUUUUAGCGAUGUUGCUGUUGUAAUAGAUACAGAAGAAGCUACUAAUUAUAUUACAGAUCAAGAAACAUGUUUUAGAAAGCUCUUAGCUAGUGAAUUAGAAAAAUAUUAUGAUCCUGAAAACCUUCUAUUAAAAAUAUAUAAAGGUUAUAUGCAAGAUGUUAUAGCUAUAGAACUUGUAAAUAAAUUAUUACGUAAAUAUGAAAUACAAAAAAGAAGUGUAAAUAGUCAAAGUAUUUUGUUUGAGCUUAAAUCAAUAAAGUUUCCAACUUCAUUUCCUGUUGAUAUUAUACAUGAAUUGUUUAAAAAUAUUGCAUCAGCAAUGCUUUGA